CCUCCCCCCGCCAGAAACAGCCCACCUCCACCAUGUCUGACGAGGAAGUUGAACAGGUUGAGGAGCAGUACGAGGAGGAAGAAGAGGCCCAGGAGGAGGAAGCAGAAGUCCAGGAGGAAGUUCAUGAACCAGAGAAGAAGCCAAGACCCCAACUCACUGCUCCUAAGAUCCCGGAAGGGGAGAAAGUAGACUUUGAUGACAUCCAGAAGAAGCGCCAGAACAAGGACCUCAUGGAGCUGCAGGCCCUCAUCGACAGCCACUUCGAAGCCCGGAAGAAAGAGGAGGAGGAGCUGAUUGCCCUCAAAGAGAGGAUCGAGAAGCGCCGGGCGGAGAGGGCUGAGCAGCAGAGGAUCCGGGCAGAGAAGGAGCGUGAGCGCCAGAACCGCCUGGCGGAGGAGAAGGCCCGCAGGGAGGAGGAGGACGCCAAGAGGAGGGCCGAGGACGACCUGAAGAAGAAGAAGGCCCUGUCCUCCAUGGGGGCCAACUACAGCAGCUACCUGGCCAAGGCCGACCAGAAGAGAGGCAAGAAGCAGACGGCCCGGGAGAUGAAGAAGAAGAUCCUGGCCGAGAGACGCAAGCCCCUCAACAUCGACCACCUCGGCGACGACAAGCUGAGGGACAAGGCUAAGGAGCUCUGGGAAACCCUGUACCAACUCGAGACUGACAAGUUUGAGUUUGGGGAGAAGCUGAAACGCCAGAAAUACGACAUCACCACCCUCAGGAGCCGCAUCGACCAGGCCCAGAAGCACAGCAAGAAGGCCGGGGCCACCGCCAAGGGCAAAGUCGGCGGGCGCUGGAAGUAAGGGGCCAGGAGGCCCCGCGGCGGAGACCCGGCCCUGCUCACUCCAGCACCAUGGCCCAACACUCGUGCCCAGGCUG